UGCUCCUUCAGUUAAGAUGUCCUGUAAAUUUGAUAUUGUUUAAAUUCUAUGUAAUGUCAGUGAAAUUGAUAUGAUUGAAAGAGUCCUACUUUCCAUUCUGAUCACAGGAAUUAGAUGGACCUAAACCGUGUUCGGUGGUUGUCCAGAUACAGUACAUCCUGUAAUCAAGGGUUUUGGACCAGACUGUAAAUAUAGAUGUAACUGUAAGGACAAUGUACAGUGUGACGUUGUAACGGGCGAGUGUCCUGAUGGUUGUUUGUUCGGAUGGAUGGGACCAGGAUGCCAAUACCGGAAUCUUGUAACCGCAUCCAUUGGUACUGGACAGAAUUAUAGAACGCAAUACAAAGCCCACUGGGCAAACAAAGCAAUUGAUGGAGAUGUGAACACAUGCAGCAGUACAAACCUUUAUGGACGACCCGGUGACCCAUCACAACAAUCAUGGCGUCUUGAAUUAUCGACGGAGUUUUAUAUCGUUGGAUUAGUCAUCAAGAUUCGGGACUCAGAUAAAGCAAAUUUCCAAGGCUUUUCUGUAGAAAUAGGAAACACUACCAAUAACUAUGAGGUCUGCUAUCAACACAGAGUCGGUGCCGACAGAGAAAUUGUUAUGAAUGUAAAUUGUGUGAGACCAAUUAUUGGCAAGAUAGUGGAAAUCAAACUUAAAGAAAAUAUGCCACCGCCUUUAGUUCUGUGUGAAGUGGAACUAUUUGGAGGUCGCCUUGUUUCGUUCAAUAGGCAUACUUCAAUAGAAAGCGUUCUAAAUUAUAAUGGUAGAUGGAAUGCUUCGUAUGCCGUAGACGGAAGGCCAAUGCUGUCUCGCAAUGAAAAUCAGAAUGAUGAGUCGCAGAGAACUUGCAGUGCAACAAAGCUUUAUAAUCCGAGUGAAGCAAAGUGGUGGAAUGUACAUUUAGAUACAUUCUAUGACAUCCAAGGAAUCAGCUUCUUUGGUCGAUUAGAUUUUGGAACAAGUCAGUAUAAAUCGUACAAAAUACUGGUCAGUAGUUAUAGCUCUCAAACAAAUCUUAUAUUCACUGACAAUGGGUUUGGAGACAGACGACAAGAUUAUAACCCUAAAUCAAGAAACUUCACGAGACCCUUCCUUGGUAGCGCUGUACGAGUUGAAAGAUCUGGGGAUAUUCUGAUUUUAUGUGAAUUUGAAGUAUAUGCAGAAUGCCCCCUUGGCAGAUGUGGUUGGGAAUGUAAUGAAACCUGUAUGUGCAACAGUCAGACAACCGGGCAACACAAGAUUCGGGGCAUAUGUCCGUAUGGAUGUAGCGGAAGAUGGAGUGGCCAGAACGGAACGUGUAAUAUCGAAUGUUCUGAUACGACAUGGGGACCAUACUGUAAUCAAACAUGCGGUCAAUGCAAGAACAACGAUCUAUGCAGUGUAUCUAACGGCAAGUGUCCAGAUUCGUGUAAGCCUGGAUUUAUUCCUCCUUUAUGUAUACAUGAAUGUCCCGAAAACCAACGGGGACCGAAUUGUGAAUCAACAUGUGGACAUUGUUUAAACGCGACUUGCAGUAAAUACACAGGAAGCUGCCCUGGAGAAUGUCAGUCCGGAUGGAUUUCUCCGCAUUGUAUAUACGCAGCACAAUCAAACGAGCAACAGGGACCGUCAUUUACUGUUGGCCUUAUCAUCGGUUCCGUUGUUGCUGCUGUUGUGUUCAUUGCACUGACUCUCAUUAUUAGUGUUAUCAUCAUUCGGAAAAGGAGAUCGAUAAGAAUGACAGACCAAAAUGUCUCUUCAAAUCCAGAUUCUCGUAGUGGAGCUCGAAAUGAAAGCGAGUACAAUACAUUAGAUCAUAACCGCGUGGACGGAAACCAGGAGAUGUACUACUCCGAACUCAGAACUUAUGAAAGUGUUGUGUGAAUAAGUAGACGGAAGAUGAAUAUAUAAUCCAGAUGAAACAGUGUCCCGUGCAUAAUGAUAUCUAUUUUAUAUUAUGAUAAGUUUAAACAAUAUUUAUUUCAAUUUAUAUAUACAUACAUUCAUUACUAACAACAAUAUAUCAUCAUGUUUAAGUAGAAAGUCAAAAGACUUUAAAUCAUUAUCAUGUAAUAUAUUUUUGGACAGAAUGAGUGCAACAAACAAGAAAAUAGGUAGGGAACGAAAAGUAAGAGUGGAAGUAGAAGUAUAUUCUGAUGGUCAUAUUUUUGUCAGAGACGCAGGCUUUUUAAGAUAAUUUUGUUGCCAGUGAGGUUUUUACUAUGUCAUGUCAGAUAGUUUAUAUUUGUUCAAACUGUUCAGUGUUAGAUUUGUAUUCAUGCACACAUUUGAAUAUUUUGACAGUUGUGUCAUCGCUUAGACCGGGAUACCAGAAGAGCAAUGUUGAUAGAGUAACUGUUGUGUUUUGCUAAGCUGGCGUAUGAGAAAAAAAUGAUAGUUCAGGAAUACAUGACAUGAAUCUUCAAUUUUAAUGUAUCCUCAAUAAGAUGUUUUGAAAUAGAUGUUCCUUGAAAAUAGCACAGCUGGUUCUGAGUCGUGAAUGAGAGAUUUUAGACUUUCGAGUGUCAUGAUAAUGGUAUGAAGGUACUUCAGUGUUGUGAGAAUUGAGAUCACUCUUAAAUAUUUCAAGACUGCCUGUGUUUUUCUCUCUAUAGGUAGCUGAUUUCACUUGUUGAUGGUAGAGGGAAGGAAUGCGUUAAAUAAAACUGAGUGUUACAAUGUUUAUUUCUAGUACUUGGGUAAUUUCUGAAACUAUUGAAGUUGACAUAUGCAGUAUUCUGAGGGACUAAAGUUGGAAAACAGAGAGAACAUGGUAUUUACCAUUAAAUGGUGUUUACGUUUUCCAGCUUAGAGAGUUUCAAGAUCAGUCUCUUCAUAAAGGUUUGAGAAAGAAAUUGUUUGAAAGAACUUCCUACCUAGUAUAAAUGUAUAUCAAUAUUUUCAUAAUUAUUACUGAAAACUUUUAUCGUUAACGGAAUCUCGUAAACAUUAUCAUAUCCGUAUCUUUAAUCACCAUCUUUUUCAUCAGUUAAAUCAUUUAACGUUUACAUCCUCAUCCUCAUCAUCAUUACCAUUUUUUUUAAAUGGUAAUUUUAUUGAUAUAAUUGACUUAUUAUUUGUAUUUAUUUUUACGUAAUUUUGAAUGCAUUUUGAUGCAGAAAUAAACAUGUACGAUUAAUCUGUGUAUGUUCGUUAGCCAUUUUUUGUAUUUCAUUAUAUAAUGACUAUAAUUACUUUAAAUUGUUAUAUUUAUUAUAUUGUUAUUAUUUUUCGUCGUCUCACACUCACACUCAUAUUUGAAAUUAUAAGGAAGGCAUCAAUAAAUUAUAUUUCAUCAAUAUUUAAAAUAUAUCAUUUGUUUAAAUAUUGUUAUGGAAAUUGUUAAGGUAGUUCUGCACGUUCGAAUCGAAUAUUUCCUAAAAUGUGGAAUUUGAUUAAACUCUGAACUCAAAAUUUCAUAAUACACUAAAAAUUUCAGCAAAUAAAAAGGAUAUGGUCGUAAGCUUGAUUUUUCGCUAGACUGAUUUGAAAACUUUGGACCUCACGCAACUUUUCAUAAUGGAAGUCUAUCGGAAAAUCAUACCUUUCAUAACAUUUUCGUAAAUUGAAAUUUUUCUACAAUGUAGAUUUGAAUGAAAUUUCUCACAGUUGUAAAUAAACACGUGUUUUAUAAUGUGGUGAAAUAAAAUCUAUAGGAUCCCGUGCUUAUUUUUGAAAUAUUUUACCAUGAUUAAAGUGAACAGCACACAUUUCACAUUAUUUUGAAUCACUUAAAGUGUCAAAUGCUGUAAUAUCAUACUUAUAACUUUAGAAAAAAAGUAAUAUUACCGAUGAAAUACACUUAGUCACAGGUUGCCAUUAAUUCAUAAAAUGAUUUUCAUUUCGGUACGUCGAAUCCAACCUUGACGUUAGGCCAUCACUUCCGGUUAAUCAAUCGUGCAGAUCUACCUUAAAUAACUGUGUUAAUAAUUUUUCGAUCUUUUUGCCAUAUUUUUGUUGCUAUAUCAGACUAUCGGAGUUUGUAUAUUAUUUCAUCAGUUAUGUUUGUUUUGUAACAUAAAAAUAACAGAAAUCUUUAUAGUGUGUCAUCUUUCAUGAUCUAACAUAUCACAUCUAUUUCCUCGACACUUUAACCACUGGCUGCAACUAGUUGGAAUAACCUGGCAUGCGGGUUAAUCAGAAAUGGAAUUUUACCAAAAUAUCUAUGACACUUUAUACCAUUUAAGGACUAUGCUAUUUUGAAAUAUAUUAAUUAGGUGGAUUGGGUACAUGGUAUUAUUUCUGCGGAAUUUCAAGAUCUGAUUUCUAGAAAAAAUAAAUAAAUUGAUAUUUCAUAAGUUUAAUAUAUUUUCAAACACAUGUAUUGGAUUAGCAGAGAACUGUACGGUAACGGAUAAUUUCACAAUACAUUGCUUUUUACAGUGGAAGCAAAAGUUACUAUGCAUGUAAAUAACAGAAACAAACACUACA